AUGAUGAUGCAAAAGCAAGAUUCCAAUGCUCAGCGUCAAGAUGCAAUCCUGCAGAAACAAGAUAUGGCUAUAAAGGACUUGCAAACUCAAAUUGGACAGUUGGAUAUAGACAUGAAUGAACUAAAAGCACAGAAUUCAACAAAGUUGCCAUCACAGCCUUUUGUGAAUCCAAGAGCGAACGUCAAUGAUGUAACUCUAACAAGUGGGAAGCAAACAGAAGAGCCAAAACAACAAGAAAAGGCACCUAAAUUAGAACUGAAACCCCUACCUGAUCACUUAAAGUAUGCUUACUUGGGUGAUGGGGAAGAGCUUCCAGUCAUUAUUGCAAAGAAUCUCACAACAAUACAGGAAGAACGCCUUCUUCGGAAACUAGACAAGAGGUCACAUGUGAUUUAUUAUUCAUCAAGGACCCUAAAUGAAGCGCAAGUCAAUUAUUCAACCACCGAAAAGGAGUUGCUGGCUAUAGUAUUUGCAUUAGAAAAAUUUAGAGAUUAUUUGGUGGGUGCCAAUGUGAUUGUAUAUUCUGAUGAUGCAGCACUACAGUACCUAUUGAAAAAGAAGGAGGCUAAGCCAAUACUCAUACGUUGGAUUCUUUUGUUGCAAGAAUUCAAUGUGUAA